GCGCCUGGGUCCCAACCCCGGUCCCUGUCCCGUCGGUCCUAGUCCUUGGCCUGUGUGUCCCAGCCAUGAGCUCCACGCAGUUCAACAAGGGACCCUCGUACGGGCUGUCGGCCGAGGUCAAGAACCGGCUCCUGUCCAAGUACAACCCGCAGAAAGAGGUGGAGCUCCGCAGCUGGAUCGAGGGCCUCACGGGCCUCCCCAUCGGUCCUGACUUCCAAAAGGGCCUGAAGGACGGGGUCAUCCUGUGCACACUCAUGAAUAAGCUGCAGCCGGGCUCUGUCCCCAAGAUCAACCGCUCCAUGCAGAACUGGCACCAGCUAGAAAACCUCUCCAACUUCAUCAAGGCCAUGGUCAGCUAUGGAAUGAACCCCGUGGACCUGUUUGAGGCCAAUGACCUGUUUGAGAGCGGGAACAUGACACAGGUCCAAGUGUCUCUGCUUGCGCUGGCGGGGAAGGCCAAGACAAAGGGGCUGCAGACUGGAGUGGACAUUGGGGUCAAGUACUCAGAGAAGCAGCAGCGGAACUUUGACGAUGCCACCAUGAAGGCCGGCCAGUGUGUCAUCGGGCUACAGAUGGGCACCAACAAAUGUGCCAGCCAGUCGGGCAUGACGGCCUAUGGCACCCGGCGGCACCUCUAUGACCCCAAGAACCACAUCCUGCCCCCCAUGGAUCACUCCACCAUCAGUCUGCAGAUGGGCACCAACAAGUGCGCCAGCCAGGUGGGCAUGACAGCGCCAGGGACCCGGCGACACAUCUACGACACCAAGCUGGGGACCGACAAGUGUGACAACUCCUCCAUGUCCCUACAGAUGGGGUACACGCAGGGCGCCAACCAGAGUGGCCAGGUGUUCGGUCUCGGCCGCCAGAUCUACGACCCUAAGUAUUGCCCUCAGGGCACAGUGGCAGAUGGGGUCCCCUCCGGGACCAGUGACCUCCCAGAGGAGGCCUCGGAGUACCCACCUUACUAUCAGGAGGAGGCUGGCUGCUGAGGCACCAGCUGACGCUUCUACGGUCUCUCCAUCCGGGUUUUCAUUUUUUUUCUUUCCUUUUUUCUUUUUCUCUCUUUCUUUCAACAUAUUCAGUGCUGUGGGGUUGGGUGGGAUGGGGUGGCUGCGAGCUCUUUUUUCUCCCAUUUUUUUCUUUUGUUUUUUGUUUUUUGAGAC